GGCGCUUGUCACGAAUGACUGGAUAUUGCUGGUUUGUCUCUAGUUGGGAGGGAAAAGGGGGCACUGGAGGAGAGAGAAGACCAAGGGAGGACAUAGGAUACUAUUCUCUAUAGGAUCAUUGUAUAUGUCAUCCUCCCGCUGGAUAAUAUCGGAGUAUAUGACAAGGUACAUAGAUAUAUAGAAGGUUGAAGAAAGACAUAGGUCCAUCAAGUCUUCUUUUCAAGCUUCAGAGACCCUACGAUUGAGGUCAAAUCCGAAAGCUAUUCACCAUUGGUGUCCAAAAAUUUGAUUUUGGGUUACAGGCUAGGGACCUAUUUUAUGAGUCCGGUCUUUAGACAUAGGAUCCAAGAGCGGAGUGUUAGGUGGAUGAGGUAAGCUCAACAGGUUAGGUCCACCUAAGAAGAUGUCUCCCCUAUGGACACUGAUCUCCAUAUGUCUCUUCUCCCUCUGCACCUCCGCCGUCCCUCGUAUUUCCCGUCGUCAGGCAUCUAACUGCCCACGGUUGUGUGAGCUAUCUCGAUGCCCGCGUCCACAGUCGCCCUGCCAGGCGGGGGAGGUGAGAGACUCAUGCGGUUGCUGUCCGGUAUGUGGGGCAAGUGAGGGAGAGUCCUGUGGUCAUCGUGGGGGAUCCCCAUGCGGAGAAGGUCUGGAGUGUGUAUUACCUGGCGUAGGAGGCACGGCCAGGAGAAGAAUAGGUGUUUGUGUCUGUAGUACCAGCGAACCAGUCUGUGGAAGUGAUGGGAAGACCUACAGGAACCUGUGCCACCUGAAGGCCGAGAACAGAAGGGCAAGACUGCAAAAUUCUCCACCAGCCAUUCAUAUCCAGAAGGGGCCCUGUGAUACUGGUUCACGUUACCCUGACAGCCUGAGAUACAAGUUUAAUUUCAUAGCUGACGUGGUGCAGAAGAUCGCUCCAGCUGUUGUCCAUCUGGAACUUUUUAGAAGGUCACCAUUCACUGGCCAGGAGAUGCCUGUUUCCAGUGGCUCAGGAUUUAUUGUGUCUGAAGAUGGACUCAUUGUGACAAAUGCCCAUGUCCUUACUAACAAGCAGAGGAUUAAAGUAGAAGUAAAAGAUGGGGCUCAUUAUGAUGCCAAGAUCAAGGACAUUGACCAGAAGUUGGAUAUAGCACUAAUUAAGAUUGACCCUGAUGCACCUCUUCCAGUUCUCAUGCUGGGCCGAUCAUCUGACUUACGACCCGGAGAAUUUGUGGUGGCUUUGGGCAGCCCAUUCUCUCUACAGAACACCGUCACCACCGGUAUUAUCAGCACAACCCAACGAGGAGGGAAGGAGCUAGGUCUGAAGGAUUCUGACAUGGAUUACAUCCAGACAGACGCCAUCAUUAAUUAUGGAAAUUCUGGAGGACCUUUGGUGAAUCUGGAUGGCGAGGUCAUUGGCAUAAACACAUUGAAGGUGACAGCAGGGAUAUCAUUUGCUAUUCCCUCCGACAGAAUCAGACAAUUCAUGGCUGAAUCACAUGACCGUCAGCUAAAGGGAAAGUCCAUUUCAAGAAAGAAAUACAUGGGGGUGAGGAUGUUACAGCUGUCUUCCAGUCUUAUCCGUGAACUCAAGAUGAGAGAUAAAGAUUUCCCUGAUGUUAACGCAGGAGUGUACGUGUUUGAGGUCAUCCCAGGAACUGCAGCCGCAAGUGCUGGUAUGAAGGACCAUGAUGUCAUCAUCAGCAUUAAUGGGAGAACAGUGAGCACCACAGAAGACGUGAGCGAAGCCGUGAAGAUCAGUGAAACGCUAUCCAUUGUGGUACGACGGGGCAAUGAAGAUAUCAUCCUUAACAUAGUACCGGAAGAGAUGGGCUAAAACCACAACGGACAGAUGUUCUAAUCCGUCAGUAAGAUAUCCCAUCUCCUCACAGUGCCUCGCGGAACAGAAAUUUAUGCUUGGAUAUCCCCAGUCGGCUCCAGUUUUGAGUUUCCAUUUUAUGGCAACGUCCUUGCUCUAAACACCCACUGGCUGUAGGGGAGGAUCAUUAUCCCAUAGGCACAAAUAUUACACCAAUAUAUAUAUAUAUAUUAUGUAUAUAUCCAGGGGUGGAUUGGGAACUUAAAGUGGCCCUGGAAAAAAACCUUAAAAGUGGCCCCAUGUUGUAGGUGGGUCCAAAUUGACCCAACUGCCACCCCAACCACAGUAUUCAACUGUAUCACCAUCAUGAGGACAGUAAUACAGUUGAGUUCAGGAGGGCACAUGGGGAUGUUGAGCAUCAGAUCAUUACGUACCUGACCUGUGGCCAUCAAGAGGGCUAGUGGCCCUCUGGGCAUCGGCCCACGUGGAAAUUUCCCUGAAGGGUCUAUGGCCAAUCCACCCCUGUAUAUAUCCUGUAUACUAUGCUUUUGUUCAAUCUCCAAUUCAGUAACAACCAAUGGACUGGAAAUCCCUCAAACAAAGCCCAUCAGAGGACAGACGAUCCAAGCAGACAUAUGAAGAAAGCAAAACGUUGACCAUAGAAGAUUAUACCUAUGGACUUUGGAAACAAUAUUUUAAUUCAUUAAGAAUUCUCUUUAACUGGGUUGUCCACUGUUGUUGGAAAGGUCCCCCCCCCCCCCCACCCCACUAAAAAAUACAAAGAUCAUAGGAUGUCCCGCAAGCACAGGGAACCCCUGGCUGUAAUCUGCAUAGGAACCUGGCAGCAAGUAAUCAACUAUCCUACAGCGCCACUACAGGAGAAAUUUAGUAUUACAUGGUGACCACUGAAAUCAAUGGGCUCUCCUUGUUAUGUACAGGUAUGCUGAGUUGUCCAGCUGGAGAUUCUCAAUGAGGUACACCCAUCUAUUGCAGGGGUUGUACAGGAUUUGAAAAAUGUUGGUUUCUUUAAAAAAUAAAAAAAGACAGUGCCACACCUAUCCACAGGCUGUGUGUGGUAUUGCCGCUCACCCCAUUCACAUACCGGACACAACCAAUGGACAAGUGUGACGCUGCUUCUAGAAGAAAGCAGCCAUGCUUCUAUAAUACAACAGUGUACAACCUAAUUGGAUUUUGGAAAAUGGGUUUUCAAAAUCAGACCACCCCCCCCCAAUAACUGCAAUGUAUUAUAUAAGCUGUGUAAAAUAGCUUAAUAUACAGAAGUUACCACGUCUCGGUCUUGAAAAUAUAUAUAGAAUAACACAAUUAUGGGGAUUGAUGCAAUUGAGCUAGCAAUGCACAUACUGAAGGCCUAAUACACAUUGCAUUAUCUUACUAGUUUAUUCCAAAUACAUACCGGUCCAUAUACUCACGCCGAUCUACAUAGUAAGCUUGGAUCAUAGCACAUGGCGGUGCGCACGAUAAAACAAGCCUGUGGGGGGUCAUGUUUCACGCUACGCUCUGGUGUGCUUCCCUACGACAGAAAAAUGUCAGCAUGCUCCGACUCAUCCCCUCAUUCCACUAUCUGCAAAACAGAUUCUUCAGCAAGGUUCCUGGGUAACUGGGUCAUAUACGAUUGGGUAAGAGGCAUUUAAGGAGUACUCCGCAUGUAUAUAACCUGGAUAGCCAGCGGGGAAAAGCUCAAUGUAAGGAUAUGGAGUCAGGAACCACCCCCCGUAUCUGCAGUGACCAUAAUUACUAUUAUAUAGGAGACAGCGGUUUUAAGAUGGUAGAGGAAGGCUACAUGCACACGAAAAACAGAACGUGUGAUGGAUAUUUUUAUUCGGCCAUCACAAGUCCAUAUAAAGAACAAUGGUAGUCUAUGGGUGUGGUAGAUGGGGCCCAAUUGCCUUGUCUAAAAUGCAAGGGUAAAUUUGUAACCUAAAAAUUUUGUGGGGGGGAAGGGUAUGCUAUAUAACACAAAACUGGCCCUUUGGGGGGGGGGGGGGUUACCAUGACAAGUUUUGAUGAAUGUAAAGCUCCCGCUCCUGUGUUUAUGGUCACAGUAUUGUUUCUACAUCAUAGCAAGUAGUGGCUGUUAUCUCCAUGACAAAUAACGUGUCCGGCUCCACACCCCUUAAGUUUUAAUUAUCUACAGAAUGUUUCACAUCGCUCUGAAAAUUACUGUAAGCUCUGCCCAGGGUGAAAUAAAUUUGGAAAAAUGUCCCUUUGAAAUGCAAUUUUGCAUGGGUACCCUAAUUCAACACACAUUUGACAGUUUAUAUACAGCUAUAUCACACACACAAAGCAACAGUGUGUCUGUCGACAUUCUGUUGACAGGUUCCAAAAGCUACCUGAAGAAUUUUAAAUACAGCUCUGGGUUACCAAAUACUCAAAUAAGAGAAUGCUCAACCUUCCUGCAGUGCCCCUGCAGGGGAAAUUGAGUAUUACAUAGGCUUUAUUAUUGAAUUCCAUGGGAAGUCCAUGCAAUGCGCAGGCGUGUUGGGUCCUCCAGGGUGAGAACCGACCUUUGUAGCCAUACUACACUCUGACUAAUGGAGAAGAGUCCUGAACAGAAACCAACAUUCAUUAAGAGUGAAUUUAGAAAAUGGACUUUCAAAACAAGACAACCCCUUUAAGGUACAUAAUGCAGUUUCUCAUCACGUAGGUAAAACAAGUCUUUUUCCCUGUACUAAAAAACGUGCAUCUAUCAACACCAUAUUAUAUCUCCUCUAUCAUAUUCUUCAGCUAUGCAGUUUUAUCCUAAAUAUGUAAAAACAAAAUGUGUAGCAUUUGAGUUAUAAGUUUACACUUAUUUCAAUAUGUUGACUUUAUACUUACAUUAUAUAUACUAUGUUUAACGCGCCUGUAUUAUGAUGUGAUUACAUUUUACUAAUACAAUGGUUUGUUAC